UUAUUUGAGCAUCACACCUGCACUUUAUGUUAUGCUAAAACUGAUAUACCCACUGUAUGUGUGUGUGUGUACUUGAAAGCGCAGACAAUGAUCAUACACUGAAAAGUGUAUGACUAGCGCUUACACACAAACCCUGUCCAAGCAGACAUUUUGUAUGGCUGUAUAGCUGUGUACUGUACAUGGUGCAUACAAUAGUCGGUGUACUGGGCAUUAGGUGUUAUGUACAGCAUAUAGCACUGCACUGUCUGCUAUCUGAAUGCUGCAUAUUGACUGAACUGGAAAGGGCAUCAUAUUCUAUUCUAACUUUCAUUUAAGCAAGAAAAACCCACAGAAUGGCAGAAGUUGAAGCAGUUGUGAUGGCAACUGCGAACGAGAUCAUGGAUAACUUACCACAUGAGGAUGCAGUGCCAAAUAAAGAGCCAAAUGAUAUCCAGGAAGGUCGAGCUGGGGAGACAGAGAUGCCCUCAGAUGAAAUGGCUGAAGAACAAGAUGGAGAGUACCCUUCUGUCUAUUUUGCAGAGCAGGAUUCCAUGAACUCUAGGCAACGCUCAACCUGGCCUGAGAAACGAAUCAUGGGCCUUCUGGACAUCUAUAUCAAUGAGCAUCCCGUCUACCUUAAAGCAAAGAUGGAACGCCAGAUCACUGAGUUCCAUGAUUACAUCGGUCAGAUCGUCAACACCGAAGGUGUCCUGGUGGCAGGGCUCCUCAAGAACCUCAGUCGCGAGUAUCGCAAAUUAGUGAUGCGGGCCCGGAACAGUGGUGCUUCGGAGACUCCGAGGUUGCGAGGUUCCUCUGAGCUAUUUGAGAAGUUUGAACAGUACUACCAGGUUUACAACAAGUUAAGUCCACAGGACUCUGGCUUGAGGAAGAUGUCCAAGCUCUCGAAGCUGAAGCUGCAAAAGACCAAUCCCUUUUCCUCCCAGCCAAUGCCAAAGAUCAAGAAACUUAAGAAGAGCCCAAAGCCAAAGCCUGAAGGGAAUUCAUUCGAUUCCCUGAUGAACCCUUUGGAAGUCAAGAUACCCCCAGUUCCGGUCAUGUCUGACAAGUACUGUCAGGAAUAUAUCCAGGUCAUGAGAGAGCAGAACAAGGCGUUGAUUGACAUUGGCAAGGAACUCCGGCUGAUGCGGAUGGGCUACUUUACAGAGCAUGAACUAGCAUUGGACUGAAGUCAUGUGAUCAGCUGAGAGGCUUGCAUUGAACUUAUUACAACUCAUGAGUUAAGCAGUGAUCAAAACUAAUUUAUUGUCUCAGUUUGAGACCUAUAGGUUUAGGCUUGCAGCAACUAGUGGCCAGUCCUGGAACUGGACCAUUGAUGUUGGGCCUACAUUCCCUACAAGGGUUCCUUCUAUUAAAGUUUUUAUUGAUUCAAUUCAAACUUGACUGAGAUCAUGCACAAUCUAUUGUGUGAACAUUUAUAAUCCACUGUACAGACACAUUGUAGGGGUGGAGUUCAGAUUAUUUUGUAUGAUCACUACUCUUUGUAUGAUGGAUCCAUUAUUGUUCCUUUAUCCAUUGUGGGUUGAGCCAUCCAAUGGCGGGUCAAAAGCUGGUUAUCAGGAUUUUAGCUUGGAUCUUUUGGCAAAAAUGCCAACUAUAAAAGAAAUAGAUUUUCUUUUUUCUAUGAGUAUGCAUAUUUCUUAAUUGAUUUUACAACAGAUACUGCUUCUUUUUUAAAAAAGGCAUCCACUGUUUUUUUAUAUGAUCUGACCCCAAAUGUUCAGUUUAAAAAAAUGAAAAUGCAUAGUAUGGUAUGUUGAAACCAGUAAGUCCAGAUGAACAGAUUUAUCUCUGUUCGUAAUUUGUAUAUGUACAGUGUAUGUUUGUUAUUGUUGCCCUCUGAUGUAAUACAUUGUGUCUCGCAAAAAUAUCACUUUGAUUCAUUUGGAUGAAGACACAUGAAUCUACAUGUAACUCUAGUUUUUAAAGAGGGUCUGGCUCAUCCAGUCCUGUACUAAUAAUAUUAUGAAUGUACCAGUACUCGACUGAAAUUGGCUUGCUUACCACAAACCUAACAGAAUUUUUUAAUGUUUCAGUUUCGUGCCUACAUGUAAUUCUGUAGAG